AUGAGGCAAGAGGAGGAAAAUGAUGCACGCCAGCAGACAGCUGGUACUACUCAGAUUCUGACUGAGCGUCUGCAUUUCACUGGGCAGUUACGAAAACACACAACUUACACAACCAUGUGCAGCAGCUCUGCUCAUCACUCUUCACGCUUAUUAGAUAAUGCCCCGGAGAUGCUGCCCCCCAAGACAGCGAAGCAGACGGAGAACGUGGGCCGCACUCGGAAGCAGCUGACGCGCCCCACCUCACGCACUGCCACCCCUAAAGCCACUCCAGUGGCUGCUAUCAAAACCAAGGGGUUUGCUGGUGGGGACCGGGCCAGCCGGCCACUCAGUGCCUGGAGUGAGCCCAGUGAGAAGGGAGGCCGGGCAGCCCUGUCCAGAAAGUCCUCAGCCCCCAGGACUGCCACUCGAGGCCCAUCGGGGUCAGCCAGCAGCCGGCCCGGGCCAUCGGCCACCCCCGCCGAGUCCCCGGCCUCCCUGAACCUGGCCUACCUGCCCAGCGGAAGCAGCGCCCACCUGGUGGACGAGGAGUUCUUCCAGCGCGUGCGCGCGCUCUGCGGCGUCGUCAGUGGUCAGGACCAGCGCGAGGAGGAGGGCACGCGGGCCGUCCUGGAUGCGCUGCUGGCCGGCAAGCAGCAGUGGGACCGUGACCUGCAGGCGACCCUGAUCCCCACCUUCGACUCGGCGGCCAUGCACACGUGGUACGCAGGCACGCACGCGCGGCUCCAGGCGCUGAGCAUCACGGUCCUGGGCGGCAGCAGCAGCACGGUGUCCGUGCGGGACGACGCCUUCCGCGCCUGCAGGGUGGAGUUCUAG